UUGAGGAGGAGAUUUCUAAGUUUGCUCUUGAGUUUGAUAGCAAACUGAGUGCAACGAAUGUCAGUAUGACAAGAAGGGUGAUAGGCUACACUUGAACGAGUCUUGCCUACAAUGGAUUACCUCUUAGAUCGCCUUAAGUAGCAGAAGAUCAAGUACAUUGGUAAUGCAUUUAUGAUGCUAAUGAUCAACUUAGGUUAGGCCAAAUUGAAUCAAUAUUAUACCCUAACAGAGAGAUCAGCUGUGUAUACCGCUACAAUGGUAUUAAUACCAUUACAAAAGUAGACCUAUUUUGAUGCCCAUUAGCCACUUGAAUGGGUUAUAGCAGCAAAAGAGUCAGUGUAAGAUCUUUAGAAGAGCCAAUACAAAGCGGCAGAGCUUCUAGUUCUUACUACCAUUAAACAAGCAACGAAACCUAAGACUGGCCUUCAGAAGUGGAGAGAACUGAAGCAACAACAGGCAUCUACCAUAGACGAAUACAUUCGAUAUUGUGACGCUGCCUACACACCUAUUGUAGACCUAAGAGCAUGGUGGUUAGAGCAAAAGACAACCUACCCUGCACUCGCGGUUAUGGCAUUAGAUAUUCUGUCAAUACCAGCAAUGGAGGCUGAACCAGAGCGCCCAUUCUCAAGUGCAAAGGCUACGAUGACAGAUAAUAGGAAUGAUCACGUCUGGGACCUCCUUCGAAGUACCUUGCAACGUUGCUCCCCUGCCGCGCGAAGUCCUUCCCUUCCCCCCAUCCAGCACAUGAAGCUCCCAUCAAACCAAACCAGCAGACCAAAACCAACUCCAAACCUCCCCCGCGUCCACUCUGGGGAAGCUUCAAAGCCCAGUUUUCCGACCACGAAGCCCCACAGAAACGCUCCAGACGCCCCCAACCUCUCCCCAACGCAGGCACCUCUCCCCCAAUUUCCCACCCGCCCAGCACCCUCCAAACCUGCUAGGCCCUCUUCGCUGCAUCUCCCGGACCCGCCCGCCCAACGCUCGUGCCCUCGCCAUCGCGCACAGUAGCACCGAAGGAUUCGCCCAGAACCCACCCCAGCGAAUCGGUGACUUUACACCUGAUGGCGGGAUACGAAAACGGUAUUGCUUGCGUGUGGCAGAGAGACGAGGGGUGGUGGCUUGCCGUGAUCAGUAAGCCAUGCGUGUCUGUCUAUCCGGGCGCCGCCACAUGCUCUCGGACCGGAAUCCUCCGAUCCGUGCCACGGCGCGGCCCUGCGCCCACGUGUUGCGACGCUACGUCGGCGCCGGCCUCGCCGCUCGUGCGAGGCGAAUAAUGGGUUGCAUUGCUGCUGACCAGGGGAUUGCAGACGGAUUACCGGAUCGGGGAUCUCGGAGAGUAACCCACGCUGGGAAUAUCCGUCUCUCCAACAUUCUUCAAAUAAACCCAAAGGAGCACUCCAUCAAACCUGUCCCCUGGCUCACAACCCAGUCAACGCCGUUCAUCUCAUCUGAGCACCGCCGGCCCCCAGCUCCAACAGUAUCACCCGAGCCCCAAUGUCGCAAACAGGCACAACGUGAUGCGGCGAGAUCUCAUGCGCUGGGAGCGGGAGACGAUGCAGCGGCCCGGCGAUGCGCUCAGAUUGGAUGCGGCUCGCGAAACGGUGGUGAUGCGGGUGAUGUGGCCCUGUCUCUGUCCGCUGUGGCAGUGGAGCGCACCAACCCCAGGCAGACGUCGCUGGGCGUGCGGGGUGAUAGGAUGGGAGCGCUGGAAUGGCAUGGAAUGACAUUGAGGGCACAGGGCGAGAAUGCGCCGAGGCCCACGAUACCCUCUGCUGGCUUACCUGACAUCCGAUCCCCGACGCUCGCGUAUCCUUCUCUACGAUCAGAUUAUCCCCAGCCUGUCGCCGCCAUGCCAUGUAGGCGUCGCGUGCUCCCUGCUGUUGAUCCUGAUCCCCAGGCAGGCAGCAGACGUCUUGCCAGCGCAGCAGCCGCCGCUCACACGACGUCCCCAGCCUGGCGACGGAAGGGACGCGCCGCAGCCUCGGCGCCUCGUCUGCCACCGGCGCUGAUGCUCCGGCUGCAAACUACGCAGUCAACUGAGAGUGUGGGCGCGAGGGUAGCGCCCGGCGACCGGGAACGCGCACAUCAGACGUAGAUAGAGUUGCGAGGUGAAGGCGCACGAUGCUAGGCGGCGGCGCCUCCACCUACCCGUCUGACCCCAGCGCUUCGUGUCGUGGUGCGCCUUGUUCUAUGGAGCUGACUCUUAUCGUCGUGCAAGUAGAGCGCAAGUAGAGUGGUGUACUGUGGCGAACCCGCGAGGGUGAAGGUUGGUGCCCGAAGGGGGGAUUCUCGAGUAUUAUCGAGUAUUAUCGUAGCUACAACUCACGUACCGAUGUAGUAAUCAUAAAGUAGUUGGCGGGUCGCACAGCAUCAUCAUCCUUAGUAAUCCUCCUUGCCCUCAUCCACGCUCUUCCCCCUCCAUCAAACAUUCUAGAGUAAACUAAUUCCCCGAAAUCGUAUUCUGGAAACCACAAACUGAUUAUUCAUUAUCACUCCCCUCAGCGUACUCGCACUGCUGUGCCCCACACACCACCCACUAACUGACCAACCCUCUCUCCCGCCGGCACCUGUCAAACCGCACGCUUGCCCACCAGCUCACCAGCUAGGCGCUGACACCACCACCACCACCCACCACCGCUGAAGGGGGGACCCGGCGACAACGGGUGCCAGCACACAGUGUCUCACGUAGGCGCGAGGAAGCGCGUGACCUGCUUCCUGGCGGGCCGGGGAGACGGCAUGUGUUGGCGCCGUGGGUGGUGGCUUGGGGGGUGUGUGUUGUGCUUGUGUGAGGAUGUGGUGUAAGGAGGCGUACUGUUUGAGAAGGGGGAAGGUGGGAUGGGAUGAGAUGGGAAUGGGAAUGGGAGGGCGGUUGCGUGCUGGGUAGACGGGAGGGAGGACGGGAAUGAUAUGUUAGGAGUGACAUAAUAUUAAGAUAUUCAGUUUAGGCACUGAAAUUUAGACUAGGUCUUUAUAUUUCAAUAUCUACUGCUUAAAGCUUAAAAUAAAG